GUAUAAGAAAAAGAGAAAAGAACCUUUUAGAGAAAGCAGGUUAUGCCAACAGUAUUGGUAUUUCUCUUGGACCAGCAAUACCACAAAUUGCAACUGUAGUAACAAUAUGCAUACAUCUUGCAAUGGGAAAUACUCUAACUGGUGCAGAGGCGUUCACACUGGUAUCUGUUUUCCAUACUUUAAGUUUAGUGUUUGGUAUUGCCCCAUGGAGUGUAAAAACAUAUGUAGAGUGCAGAGUAGCCAGUGUCAGAAUAAGGAGCCUUUUAAUGAUGGAAGAAUACGAAUGCUUCACAACAAAACCCAAAAAUAAAAAUCAUGCCAUUGAGAUUGUCAAUGCUACCUUUGCAUGGGAUAAACAAGAACAACAAAAUAAUGAUGAAAAAAAAGAAUCUGCAUCUAAGAAGGAAGAUAAGUCUAAUUUUAAUUCUGAAAAAGGAGAUGUUACCAUGGAAACAACAAAUACAUCCGACAAGGAAACUAUGGAGAUAAAAAAAAAGGAUUUGAAUGGUGAAAAUAUUGUGGAAGUUCUCUUUGAUAUAAACCUUACUGUGAUAAAGGGUGACCUGUUAGGUGUCUGUGGUAGUGUUGGUAGUGGUAAAAGUUCACUGAUGUCUGCAGUACUGAGUCAGAUGAGACUGGUGAAGGGGCAAGUGUGUGUUGGUGGUACCAUUGCAUAUGUGGCUCAACAAGCAUGGGUAUUCAAUGCAAGUCUCAAAGAUAAUAUCUUAUUUGAUAAGCCAUAUGAUGAAAAGAGAUAUACUGAUGCUGUGUUUGCUGCUUGUCUUCAACAAGACAUUGAUAUGCUACCAAAUGGUGACCAGACUGAGAUUGGUGAGAAAGGAAUCAAUUUAAGUGGAGGUCAGAAACAGCGAGUGAGUUUAGCUAGGGCUUUAUAUGCUGACUGUGAUAUCUAUUUACUUGAUGAUCCGCUCAGUGCAGUAGAUACCCAUGUAGGACAACAUAUAUUUGAAGUAUACAUAAAGCAAGCUUUACAAAACAAAACCGUUAUCUUUGCCACACACCAACUUCAGUAUUUAAAUCAAUGUGAUGAUGUCAUGAUGCUAAAAGAUGGUCAUGUGACUGAGUAUGGUACACACAGUCAGCUGAUGCUGGAUGACAAAGAAUUUGCAAAUCUCAUUAAAACAUAUCAUGAAUCAAAACAAGAAGAAGAAACACCGCCUGAUAUCACUUCUUUUAAAAGUCAACUAAGUCGUCAAUUAAGUUUAUCUUCUACAACAUCUCAGUCAACUUUAUCCAGUGAGGACAGCUCUGAUAUCGCUAUGGAUACUGAUGGAAAAUUGAUUGUAGCAGAAGAGAAAGAAACUGGAUCGGUUAAAUUGAGUACUUAUGGUGCAUACAUUAAGUCAGCUGGUGGAUGUGUAAUCGCUUGUAUUGUGUGUUUGCUAUUUUUAUUGUAUGUCAGUAGCUUAACAUUCAAUGCAUGGUGGUUAAGUUAUUGGAUUAGCAAAGGAAGUGGGAAUACAACAGUAUUAGUGGGCAAUGAAACAGUUAUAAGUACAAGUAUUUUAGAUAAUCCUGAUUAUGAUAUAUACAUUAUGGUGUAUGGUUUAUCUAUAAUUGGUAUCCUGAUAUUCAGUUUUAUGCGAUCUAUUGUCUUUGUCACGGUGUGUCUUCGCUCUUCUUCAAAUCUUCAUGACAAAGUUUUCAGCAAAAUCAUUCGAAGUCCAAUGAGUUUUUUUGAUACUACACCAUUAGGAAGGAUAAUGAAUAGGUUUUCAAAAGACAUGGAUGAAAUUGAUGUCUGGUUACCACUAAUCAUGGACCUGUCUCUACAGAAUCUAUUUGUGUUAAUAGCUGGCUUGGUAGUCAUCAUGAUAGUGUUUCCAUGGUUUUUAGUUGCUUGUGUGCCACUGUUUAUCUUAUUCUUGCUGUGUUUGAUGUUUUUUCGAGCCGGUGUUCGAGAAUGCAAAAGACUUGACAACAUUAGUCGUUCACCGUGGGUGUCAAUGCUGGCCUCCACUGCUCAAGGACUGUCAACAAUACAUGCAUAUGAAAGGUCACAGAAUUUUAUCCAAAGUUUCAGUGACAAAGUGGACGCCAACUCAGUACCAUUUUUACUAUGUAUAAUGUGUAGUAGAUGGGUUCAAUCACGCUUGGAUUUUAUUACCUUGUUUGUUACUAUAAUUACUGCUCUUUUCGCUGUUCUUGGUCAUGGUGAAAUAUCGGCAGCUGUAGCUGGAUUAGCACUCUCUUGUACCAUACAGACUUCUAAUGCUCUCAAUUUAGCAGUAACAAUGGGUGCUCGAGCAGAGGCCAGAUUCACCAGUGUGGAACGGAUGAAUUAUUAUUACAAAAACUUGGAAUCAGAAGCCCCCAUGAAAGUCAAGGGUUAUGAGCCUCCCCCUGACUGGCCACAAGAGGGCAGUGUUUCUUACCAAGACUACAAGCUUAAGUAUAGAGAUGGUUUGCCAAAUGUUCUGAAAGGAAUAACUUUUAAUAUAAAUCCAAAAGAGAAGAUUGGAAUUGUGGGUAGAACAGGAUCUGGUAAAUCGUCUCUGGGUGUGGGUUUGUUUAGAUUGGUAGAAGCUGCACAUGGCACAAUAAAAAUAGAUGAUGUGGAUAUCAGUGAAAUUGGACUGUAUGAUCUACGUUCUAAACUAUCCAUUAUUCCACAAGACCCUGUACUCUUUAUAGGUACUAUACGUUAUAAUUUAGAUCCAUUAAAUCAAUACACGGAUCAAGAAUUAUGGGAAUCUUUGGAGAAGACCUAUAUGAAGUCAACAAUUAGUAAUUUGGAUAAUCAACUCGAAAGUCCAGUCAUCGAGAAUGGUGAAAACUUCUCAGUAGGAGAAAGACAACUUAUAUGCAUGGCGAGGGCUUUACUUAGGAAUAGUAAGAUAUUAAUGUUGGAUGAAGCUACAGCAGCUAUUGAUACGGAAACAGACAGUCUAAUACAAAAGACGAUACAAGAUGCAUUCAAGGAUUGUACAAUAUUAACUAUAGCUCACAGAUUGAAUACAGUCUUAUCUUCUGAUAGAGUAAUGGUGAUGCAAGAUGGCAAGGUUGUUGAAUUUGAUAAACCAUCAGUGCUGCAAGCAAAUACUGAAUCUAAAUUCAGUGCCAUGAUAACUGCAGCUAAACAGGUCAACACCAAAGACAAUAUCGCUGUAUUGUAACACCAUGAUGGAUGCAACUGAACUAAAUUAAUAUCACUGUAUUGUAACACCAUGAUGGAUGCAACUGAACUAAAUUAAUAUCACUGAAUUGUAACACCAUGAUGGAUGCAACUGAACUAAAUUAAUAUCACUGAAUUGUAACACCAUGAUGGAUGCAACUGAACUAAAUUAAUAUCGCUGUAUUGUAACACCAUGAUGGAUGCAACUGAACUAAAUUAAUAUCACUGUAUUGUAGAAAAUUGUAGAAAAC